AGGGAGGGGCGGGACUCUCCGCUCGCCCAUGAGAAAGGGGUGUGGCCACCCUCUCUCCCAAGGAGGGGGGCGUGGCCUCGCCCCUCAGCGCGCGGGCCGGGGGGGGCCAUGGCGGCGCCCGCGGCGGCGCUCAGUGCGGAGCAGGCGAAGGUGGUGCUGGCGGAGGUGAUCAAGGCCUUCGGGACGCCCGAGAACGCGCAGCGCAUGGAGGAGGCGCGGGACAACGCCUGCAACGACAUGGGCAAGAUGCUGCAGUUCCUGCUGCCCGUGGCCACGCAGAUCCAGCAAGACGUGAUCAAAGCCUACGGCUUCAGCAACGACGGCGAAGGCGUCCUCAAGUUCGCCCGGCUGGUCAAAUCCUAUGAGUCGCAGGACCCGGAGAUCGCCAGCAUGUCGGGCAAGCUCAAGGCUAUGUUCCUGCCGCCCAUGACGCUGCCGCCGCACGGGGCCGGGGCCGGCGGAGUGGCUGCUUCCUGAGCCUCUCUCUGAGAGAGAGCCUCCCGCCGGAGCAUCCUCCUGUCAGCGCUGCCCAUGGAGCCUUUCGGCCAGGGAGACGCUGGUCUGGAAGGAGUGGGGUGCUUUGCGCGUGCUUAUGUGUCUGCUCGGGAAUAAAGAAAUGCCUUGGAAAUGCCCGUGUUUUAUGGAUGAACAGAAGAAGGAUAUGGAACAGUUGGAACGGGUCCAGAGGAGGGCUACAAGGAUGAUCAGAGGGCUGCAGCACCUCCCAUAUGAGGACAGACUGAGAUAUUUCGGCUUGUUCAGCGCGGAGAAGGCUCCAGGGAGACCUUAUAGUGACCUUCCAGUACCUGAAGGGGCUACAGGAAAGCCGGGGAGGGGCUAUUUACAAAGGCUU